UGGCAACCUCUCACCAGGGGCUACGCUUCCAUUGAGUGUCGUCCAUCACAUACAAAAGGCACGUGGCUCAUUCUUCAGAACCUCUCGACUACUUUGCGAUUCACAAAAGUACCCCCAACCCUGAUCAGCAGCAUCCUGUGAUAGUCUGGGGAAGAAUUGCGUUGCCCAGUUCACCAUUACCCACUAUGUCGCUUUUACAGUCCCUCCUGCACCUCACAAAUUUCAAGAGCCCCUUGCUGCGGACUCUGGUGCCCGCCGUCUCUGCAGCUUAUGCCAUACAAGCGGCCUUCGCUUUACCGUCGAUCCUCGCUCAGAACGAACGCUUCUACGACUUCUCCGGCUCUCUCACUUACCUCUCCGUUACCGCCCUAAGCCUGUAUUUGCCUGCCCUGCGUGCCAAGUACACGCCGACCCUUGCCAAUGCUUCGAUAUCGAUGCCCAGUCUUCUUGCGCCCUUCACGAGUCCUGGUGGCGUGGGAACACUGAACUGGAGACAGGUUGUCCUUAGUGGUGCUGUCAUUUUCUGGGCUGUCAGAUUGGGGUCAUAUCUCUUCCAGCGUAUCUUGGAGGAAGGCAAAGAUUCCCGCUUCGACGAGAUCAAAAAGUCACCGGCCAGGUUUGCCGGCGCCUUCUUCGCCCAAGCCACCUGGGUCUCGCUCUGUCUCAUGCCCGUCAUCGCCCUGAAUGCCGUUCCCGCCUCUGCAUUUGCCGCUCUGCCGGCAGUCAAGGCCUCUGAUGCCCUUGGCCUGCUCGUCUACGUCGCUGGUUUCGCAUUCGAGAUCACGGCUGAUCGGCAGAAGAGCAAAUGGCUGCGGGAGAGACGCGAGAAGGCUCACGAUCAGCAAUUUAUGACCAGCGGUCUCUGGAGCGUCAGCCAAUACCCCAACUAUUUCGGUGAGAUCUCUCUCUGGACAGGCAUUGCCACCGCAGCGGCAGGUACUCUAGUCUCGCAGCCGAUCCAGGUAGCACUUGGUCUCUCAGGCGGCGUAGCUGGGCUCUUUACCGCGGCGGCUCUGUCCUACGUUAGCCCAGCCUUUGUAAGUUUCCUCCUGCUCAAGGUCUCCGGAGUGCCCAUGAGCGAGAAGAAGUACGACAAGCGCUACGGCGACCGCAAGGACUAUCAGGAGUGGAAGAAGAUCACCCCCAAACUGUUUCCCAAGAUCCUGUGAGCGUAAAAAGUAUCAUGUAAGCACGGUGUAGUGUCAUCUCGGGCAAGCGCACACUGUUCGAAAGCAGUUUGGUUUUGUACACCACUCUUCAUGUA